AGCAGGCAGUGGAUGCGUGCUAGUUGCUAGUUUAUAGUACUGAAACGAGGGUCGUUGUUGCCAUCUUUCUCGCUCCCACGUUUUCAUUUUGCAGUUCAAACAUUCUCGUGCUCUUCCUCUGGUUUGUGGCUUCAUGCUGGUGUCUUUGGUUUAGCCAUAGUUGUUCCCUGGCCUGGUCAGUGAUUCUUGAGUCUUGAGCCAGUCCAUUUUCUGGGUUGUUAAGCAUUCCGUAUUUUAAAACAUUGCCUUCUACCAGUCAUAUUCUUGUCACUUCUAAAAAAUGGAAAACUCAGAUACAAUGCUGACAACUUCAUCCCUGCCUCCACCACCUCCAGUAGCUGCGGAGGAGCCAGAGCCCAAGAAGUUGAAGAUGUCCACCACGACUUCUGAUGAUGAAGAAUGCACAACUGCCACAGGCACCAAGAUAAGAUACAAGCGCCGUAAGGUAGCUAUUUUCUUUGCUUACUGUGGUGUUGGCUAUCAGGGUAUGCAGAAAAACCCUGGUGCAAAGACCAUUGAAGGCGAUCUAGAAGAAGCUUUAUAUAUGUCUGGAGCUGUACCUGAACAGGAUCGUGGAAUUCCUAAACGGUACGACUGGGCUCGCUCAGCUAGAACAGAUAAAGGAGUUAGUGCUGUUGGUCAGGUUGUCUCAGGCCGAUUCUAUAUUGAUCCACCUGGCUUUGUUGACCGCCUUAAUUCAAAUCUUACAUCUCAGAUAAGGAUCUUUGGUUACAAGCGUGUGACAGCUUCUUUUAAUGCCAAGAAGUUCUGUGACCGGAGGAGGUAUGUCUAUCUCAUUCCUGUAUUUGCUCUUGAUCCAAAUUGUCAUCGUGAUACUGUCAUGGCUAGUUUGGGAUCUGGAAAUGAGCUUGUUAAGUGUUUGGAGUGUUCUGAGAGAGGCCGAAAGGUGGUAGGAUUAGUUGGUAAUCGUAAGCACAAUCUGGAACUAGAAGCUAUGGAUAUUGAUGCUGGUAUUUCAUCAAACACAAAUGCUGUGGUUGAUUCUGCAGUUACAGGUGAUGUGGAGCUUUCUUUGAGCAAAGGUGAUGAUAAUCAUUUAAAUGAGGAAUUUGGGAAUGAUACUACGGGUGACUUGAGCUCUAAAACUGAUCUUGAGACUGUGAUUCCUGAUUGUGAAGAGGGUACUCCUUUGAAUGGUGAAUCUGUGAAAAAUUCAGACAUCCUUGAGGAAGAAAAAGUGAAUGGAGAGGAUGAGUCUACCGAUGGAAGUGGGUUCUGUUAUGGUGAGAAGGAGAGGGAGAGAUUUAAUAAAAUUUUAAAGUAUUUUGUAGGGACUCAUAAUUUCCAUAACUUCACUACUAGAACAAAAGCUGAGGACCCUGCUGCUCGUCGAUACAUUAUUUCAUUCAAUGCAAACACCACUCUUGUAGUUGAGGGUAUGGAAUUUGUAAAGUGUGAGGUUGUGGGACAGAGCUUCAUGCUUCAUCAGAUACGGAAGAUGAUUGGGUUGGCGGUGGCAAUCAUGAGAAAUUGUGCACCAGAGUCACUUAUUGAUAAAGCUUUGCAGCAGGAUGUUAACAUUAAUGUGCCUACUGCCCCUGAGGUUGGAUUAUAUUUGGAUGAGUGCUUCUUUUCUUCAUAUAACCAGAAGUGGAAAGAUAGCCAUGAAGAAUUGUCAAUGAAAGAUUAUGAGAAAGAAGCUGAGGAGUUCAAAAUGAAGUACAUAUAUUCUCAUAUCUCUUCCACGGAACAGAAGGAAGGAACUGUUGCUCUUUGGUUACAUUCUUUGAACCAUAUAAAUUAUCCAGAUCUGCGCAUUGUCAAUGAGGAAGCAAUCCCUGAUAACAAGGGAGCCGAUAUUGAAGAAGCCGUAACUAAUAACAAGAGUGCAGAUGUCGAAGAAACCAUCAAUUAUAACAAGAGAGUUGAUGUUGAAGAAGCCAUCAAUGAUAACAAGGGAGCUGAUAUUGAAGAAGCCAUCACUGAUAACAAGAGAGCUGACAUUGAAGAAGCUGUCAAUCAUAACAAGAGAGCUACCACUGAAGAAGCCAUCAAUGAUAACAAGAGAGCUGAUAUUGAAGAAACCAUCACUGAUAACAAGAGAGCUGAUAUUGAAGAAGCCAUCACUGAUGACAAGAGAGUUGAUAUUGAAGAAGCCAUCACUGAUAACAAGUGUUGAUCUUGAAGUUGUGACUGUGUUCUAUGUUUGUCAUUCAAUGUUUUGUUGCAAUGUCAAUUGUCAACAGGUGAUUUCAACUUGGCAUGCUUUCUAUAUAUAUUUUAUUGCGCCCACAACUAAAUGCAUUGUUGUAUAUUUUCAACGAUUAUAGACAAAGAAUCAUUAAUGUUAAAGAAGCACAUAAUACCUAAUUAGAAGUCAUUCAUUAAUACAAGUUAACAGUUCCUUUUGCUCUCUGGAAGGUUGUCAACGACAUCAUACAAUGAUUUUAAACAAAUUUACUAGAAAAUGUCGUGGAUAUGUUGUCUGUGCAUGCAUUGAAACUGAUAGUAAUUCUAUGGAUAUAUCUUCCAAGUUUACUUACAUAAGCAAGAUUAGGCUGAUGUUUAUUCUGAGAGUAUU